AUGUAUCAGCCACAUCCUCUCGAUUUCCUUUUUGUUGCCCAGCUUGGUUGGUCACAACCAGUGAAGUUUGGAGAAUUCUCCUUGGCGUUGCACUUCCAGUGCAUCAGGUACCCCUUGAUCUUCAGCAUUCCUUCGAGCAGGAUGACCUUAGAAAGCUCUUCGUGGAGGCAUGAUCUGAAAGCGUUUCUACUGAUUGUUUUGCUAGCAAUAUUGUUUGGGGAUGUUGGGUAUGGACUGCAGAUCAAUAUUACUGUACUUGACAAUGCCACAACACAAGGCGCUGUGUGUCUAGAUGGGAGUCCACCUGCAUAUUACUUUGACAAGGGAUUUGAUACAGGACUUUCCAACUGGAUUAUCUUCCUUGAUAUAUUUCAUAUUAUAUAUGGAGGUGGAUGGUGUGAAAGCAUCCCCGAUUGCAAUAAUCGUUCAAUUACAGAAAAAGGAUCUUCCAAGAAUAUGAAGAAUCAAUCACAAUUUGCUGGGAUACUUCAUAGCACUCCCCGACAAAAUCCAGACUUUUACAACUGGAACAGAGUGUGGGUGAAUUACUGCGAUGGACCAUCUUUUACUGGUGAUGUUGAACAUGUUGAUCCAGAAAAUAAGCUUUAUUUUAGAGGAGCAAGAUUAUUUAAAGUUGCUAUGGUUGAUUUAUGGAGGAAAGGAAUGCAAUAUGCUAAAAAUGCAAUCCUGAGUGGAACUUCCACGGGAGGGUUGGCAACAAUCUUGAACUGCGACAAGUGCAAGUCCUUCUUUCCUGACAAUGCUGUCAAAGUAAAGUUUGUUGCAAAUGCAGGCUUCUUCAUUAAUGCCAACACAAUCUUUGGUACUCCAAAUAUUCAAAAUAUGUACGAGAGAGUUGUUAAUUUACAUGAAUCGGCGAAGAGAGCUUGCACGCCAACAAUGGAACCGAGUUUGUGCUUCUUCCCUGAAAAUAUUAUUCCGUAUAUUGAGACUCCUCUAUUUAUAAUCAAUUCAGCAUAUGAUGCUUGGCACAUAAGUAAUACCUUGGUUCCUUCAAACCUCGAUCCUCAACAUGCCUGGGAGUAUUGCAGGGAUCAAAUAAGUAACUGCACAUCUAGCCAAAUUAUAAAUAUUCAAGCUUUUGGAGCAGAGUUCUUGAACAUACUUAAGGGACUCACCCCUUGUUACACAAGGGGUUAUUUCAUCACUUCUUGGCACACUCAUGCACGAAUUGUAUUGGGGGAUUAUGGGUUCGAUGCUACCUCUCCAAGAAUACUUAAUAAGACAAUUGCCGAAGCUAUUGGUGAUUGGUAUUUUGAUAGAACAACAUUUCAUCAACAUAUAGAUCUGUAUCCUGGUGCUAGAUGUUGCAAGAGAAGUACUUGA